GGCUGCUGGGUCCCUGGAGAGACCACUCCACCGGGAGCACGCACCUGCACUCAUGCACCUUUCCAGACCCGGACGCGGCCCCUGGAAGGAUCUGGUCCUUGUGGCCAGCCUGCUGGCCUAUGGUAUCAGCCAAGCCUCCAGCCAAAUCUCCAUCAACUCAUUCAUAGGGUUCCAGGGCUAUCCAAGCUUCCUGCAACUCAACAACGUCCCGGAGGGGGCACGAGAAUACAGCUGGCACCGGGGCACAACUGACAAUGCAGAGAAUGUGAUUAUUAGCUAUAAACCUCCCUCCAAUUCCUGGCAGCCUGGGCCCCUGUUCAGCGGCCGGGAGAAUGUGACCCACACAGGCACCCUGGAGAUCGAGAACUCUACGCUGAGUCACACAGGGAACUACACCGAGCGGGUGGACCUCAGCAGUGGGACCCAGCGUGCAACUGGCUGGCUGGAGAUUCAAGCCUCGGAAGGCGAUCCCGUCCUCUCGGUCAACACCAGCUCAGUGGCAGAGAACAUGGACUCUGUGGUUGCCUUCUGCAGCACCAAUGCCACCAAAAUCGUGUGGUAUGUGAAUGCCUUACGGGUGUCCAGCAAUGACAAGAUGACAAUUUCCCCAGACAGCAAGACCCUCAUCAUGCACUGGGUCCACCGCUAUGACAUGACAAUCCAGUGUGGGGUAGACUCCAGCUUCGGGGACUUUCUAAAGAGUGAAAUGAUCUUUCUGACUGUGGCCUAUGGACCUGACAGAGUGGCGCUGAACAGUAAGCCCUCUGAGUUCAGAGGCAUCUUGUCUGCUGAGAUCGGCUCCCAAGUGCAGAUGGACUGUACCUCCACUUCCAAGCCAGCACCCAAGUACCGCUGGAUCCACAACGGCUCCUUCCUGAGCUCAGAGGCAAAGCUCAGCUUCCUGAGUCUGACAUGGGAGCAGAUGGGCAGGUACAGAUGCAUCGUGGAGAACUCCGUGACCCAGCUGACCAUGUAGAAGGACAUCUGGAUCCAGAGGGCCUGGCAAAUGCCUGUUAUUAGAACAGGUUUCUACAUGACAGGACCCUUGGUGGUGCUUUUCAUCGUGAUGACAGUCUUGGGUGGCGUCUACAUCUGCGGCAUCCUGGUCUACAUGCUGAUCAAUCGUUCCUCCACCAGGUGCUCGUUGCCCAGGGACAAGCCGUGGUCUGUGAGUAUCCACCUUAGAUCCGGAGGACAGGACCAGAUGGUCAAGGAGGUAACGGAGAGGUGA